AUGAAGUUGCAGAAUAUUUAUUCCUUUUUUUCCGCAUCUACCUAUCGUUGGGACGUGUUGGAUCAAUGCUUAUCCAAACCUGAUAAUGUAACUGUUAAAAGAUUAUCUGAUACCAGAUGGGCGGCUAGAUAUGAGGCUUGUUUAAGUUUAUCACGACUGUUGAAAAAGAUGAAAAGCUUAGAAAUGGGUAUUCUGGUAUCAGUAUGGAAUGAUAUUUUAGAGAGAAACAGCUUUUCACAUUAUGAAAAACUUGGCAUAGAAAAAACUGGAACUAUAGAAUAUAAAGUUUCCCGUACAAAAAAAAGAAAAAUGCCUUUUGAUGAAUCUUCUCAAGGUGAUACAACAUUCGUAGAGUUGAGAAAGCGUUUAAACUCUUAUGAAAAAAUUAAUAUUUCAUUUGGAUUUUUGUUUAACAUUACUGAGUUGUCAGUAUUAGAAGUAAGACAAAAAGCUGAAGAGUUACAAAAACAAUAUCCUCAAGAUCUGGAUAUAUCGUUUAUGAAUGAAUGUAUUCAUUUUCGUAGUUACUUAAAAGGCUUACCAGAAAUCGUGUCCACAAAAUCGGUGCUUUAUUUAUGUAAAGUCAUGAAAGAUGAUAAUUUACAAGAUGUUUACCCAUAUGUUAAUAUUGCAUUGCGAAUGUUUUUGUGUGUUCCUGCAUCAAAUACUUUAGCAGAGCGUUCAUUUAGUACUCUUAAAAGAGUUAAAACAUACCUUAGAUCUUCCAUGAAUGAUAAUCGUUUAAACUCUUUGGCGAUUCUAAAUAUUGAAUCACAGUUGACAAAUUCAUUAAACUAUGAUGAAAUAAUUGAAGAUUUUGCAAGAUCAAAUGCGCGACGAAAAAAAAAUUAA